AUGAAUCAGAGUAAUAAGUCGGGAUUGUACCCCAAUGUGGUGAUGCUAUUGAAACGAUACUACCUGCCAUCCAUGUAUGUGAUCAUCUUUACUGUGGGCCUCCUGGGGAAUGUCACCUCCAUCAUCAUCUACACAGUGAAGAUACGACCCUGGAAGAGCUGGAACCUCAUAAUGCUGAACCUGGCCUUGGCAGACCUGCUCUACGUCUUCAGCCUCCCUUUCCUGGCUUAUUACUACAUUAACGGUGAAGACUGGACCUUGGGACCAUUCAUGUGCCGAUUUGUACGUUUUAGCUUCCACUUCAACCUCUAUGGCAGCAUUUACUUCCUCACUUGCCUCAGCAUCUUCCGCUAUGUGGUGGUGGUCUACCCACUGAAGGUCGACGUUCAUCAGAAGAGGUGGGGGAGCUUGGCCUGCCUUAUCGUAUGGGUCAUCUCCGCCAUCGAGAUCCUCCCCAUGUUCACCAUGAUCAACUUGCAAGAAGAUAACAACAUAACAACUUGCCCAGACUUUGCCAGUCAAGAUCCAGUGCUGCAAGUCUGGUGCUACACCUGGGUACUGACGGUUCUAGGAUAUUUCGUGCCCUUGGUAGUGGUCAGUUUCUGCUAUUCCAGGAUUGUAAAAGUCUUGUCAAAGGGCCCAGAAAUGCACAAUCUGCAUCGGAUGCGUGCCCGUAGGCUCACCGUGCUCAUCCUGGUCGUCUUUGUGGUGUGCUUCAUGCCGUUCCACAUCUUACGCACGGCACGGAUCGCCACCAGAAUAUGGCCGAGGUCCUGUACUGUCACAGCCUGGGUCCAAGCCAUGUAUAUCAUCUCUCGGCCUGUGGCAGGUCUCAACACCUUCUUCAACCUGGCCUUAUACACGCUGGCAGGUGACAAGUUCCAGCAAGCUUUUGUCAGCAUGUUUAACUGCAACUACUAUGUUUCUAAGAUCAAGUCCCUACUUACUGUGCCAGUCAUCAGCAUUGCAACCGCCGCCUCUCCGCAAACGAAACCAGCUGAUUUGAGUAAAACACCUUCACCGUCCAAACCACAUGCCGCUAAUGCACAAUGUUAA